CAACAUUAAUUAAAGGUUCGACGUUAAUGCAUGUCUUUGUUUACCCAGCUUACUUUCAAUUAAUUUUUAGUUUCCUUUAAUCAAUUAGAUUUGUUCAACAUAUUUUAUUUUUUAAUUUACUGUAAAUAAUUUAAAAUGAAAUCAGAAUCAAUUAAAGUGAAAUAUAAGCCAAUCUAUGAACCCAUUUGUGUUACUGAAUGGUCUUCUAACGGUCUACCUGAUUGGGGUAGCAAAAUUGAUACAACUCUCAAAACAGAGGGGAAAGAGUUACUAUUAGAGUGUAAAGAUCCUCUAAGUGAUGUUCAAUAUUCUGGGAAACAAUUUAUUCCAAAUUAUCGGAAAUACAUGAUUCUUGAAAUUGAAGAAGGCAAGGCUCAUCUCAAGCCAUGUGCUUAUUUUCGCAUGAAACCACAGAUAAAUAUGCCUAAUCGUAAAUCGGGUAACUUGUCAUCUCUAUCUAUAAAAGAGCAAAUGGAUGAAUACAAUGAAAAAUUUGGAUCAAAGAGGACCAUCAAACGGUUAGCGGAAAAGAAAAAAUUUGCAAUUGCUUUUGGAGAGGAAGAUUACGAGGAAAUGAAAGACAAGACAGCUUUGAUAGCCAGCAAAUCGUCUGCACCAACAACUGAAGUCACUAAAACCAAAGCUGAUUCAACAGACAUUCUUAAUGACGCCUUUUUAAUGCCUGCUCGUAACCAGAGUGCUACUUCAGCAAGAGAAGUCUACAAUAUUAACGACAUUGUUUCGGAAAGCAUGGUAACCUCUGUUGAAUCAUCUUAUGACCUAGAAGAUUUCUUGAAAUGUAUCAACUCUCCACUGGUUCAACAUUUUGCUGGCAGCGCUAAAAGUAAUCUGGAAAAAGUUUGCUGUAUUUUCUUGGAUACUUUGAUCAAGCUUAAAAAUUUUCGUUCUCACGACUUGAAAAGGGUUGAAUCUCAUGGGCUACUUGGUUUACAAAGCAUGGUGCUUCAACAACACAUCUUGGAAAAUUAUACAGUCUCGUUGCAUGAAAAUAAAAAACCCGUUCGAACCAUGACAGAGAAAUGUAAAGACAAGAUUAUUAUCCAUGGUUUAAUUUUAUCAAUUUAUCUUAACCAUUUCAAGCCAUUGCUCAUUUCAGCAUUAUCUAAAGUCUUCCUCACAUCAGCACUCAAGAUGAGGAAAUUGGGAAAUAUUGUUGGCUGUCAUGUUGAUGUAAACAAAACUAAGACUGACAGAGUUUUCAUCUUUCGAUUACCUUUGCAUGUAAUGGAUGAUAAGGUGUUCAAACGAAGACGAGCCAAUUAAUUUACUCAAUUCCACCUCUAAUUUCGGAGAUAGAGGUUUCAUCGAUCUGUGAAUAACCGAUAAACCGUUUAAUUUAAAUUGUUAUAAACACGGACCGAAAAGAAGAUGAAAUUAUAUUUUUGUUUUGGAAAAUAUUUAAUAGUUGAACAUUACGUUACAUGAUGUUUAACUUGUAAAUUAGUGUAUCAAGAAAAGUUAAAAAUCCAUGGAAUGGAAGAGGGAAAAAUUUUGCUAGAUAAAUGAUGAGCUAAAAUGAUUUAGAUGAUUGGAAGGAAGAAUCAAAUUCUUUACCAGCCUCCCCAUUCAUCCCAAUGAUCACAUCCACAAUGGUCUUUGAUGAUUAUGUUUUCACCUUUACCCUUCUUUCCACUGGACAAGAUGGUUGAACCACAUUUACCUUGAAGGACAAUAUUAUCACCUCCUUUGUCACCAGCUUCAACAUUUGAUGAAACGAUGAGGAGAACAAUUAAAAGACCGCAAAAGAAUUUGGUAUUCAUUUUGAUUUUGGUUGGUGUUUGAGCGAUUUAGCAAAAGAUGAAACAAGUGUUGAACUGUUGAAAAGAAAAGAAACGAAAAAGGAUUUCUGAUUAGUAUCGUUAUAAAUCGAAAGUUGGUUCAGUUUUGUUCAAUAGACAACUUACCUGGAGAAUGAACUGAUUGGAAAUGAUGGUUUGACAGAGGCAUCAGCAGCCUUUAAAUACUAACUUUAAAAUUUAACUAAUUAAACCAUGUCCAACCUUCUUGGCUGUGCUUUUCCCUUAUCCCUUCUAAUCUACCGGGCUAAUCAACGGGUUUGAUGAUAAUUUGAUGGAAACAAUUGAUCACAUUCAUGUAACAGAACGCUUAAUAAGCCACACGAAAAUCGGAAAUCAAUAUUAAUAAGUGUCAACUAAAUCACUUGAUGACUAGAGUAGGUAUAUUGUUAUUAUAACCAUACAUCUAAUUUGAGAGUAAUUUGCUUUUCACGGAAAGCAAAAAGAUUAAAGGUCAUCUCUUUUGUUCAUAUUAAAUUAUCAACAAUUUAA